AUGGCCUCUACAUCCCCUAGCAAUUUCUCCUGGGUGGACCAGGGGAAAGUGGCUGGACUGGCCCUCCCCCGGAUGACCGCAGAGUACCAGUUCCUGCUGGACAAUGGCAUCCGACACCUGGUGUGCCUGUGCGAGCGCAAGCCGCCCAAUUAUGACACAUGUCCUCAAUUAAACCUGCAUCACAUCAAGAUCACCGACUUCACGCCCCCCACACAGGAGCAGAUCGAUAAAUUCCUCAACAUUGUGGAAGAGGCCAAUUCCAAGGGAGAGGGCGUGGCUGUCCACUGCAUGCACGGUCACGGACGAACAGGUACCAUGCUGGCCUGUUACCUGGUCAAGACGAGGAAAAUGUCCGGCAUUGACGCCAUCCAAGAGAUCCGACGACUUCGCUCGGGCUCCAUCGAAACCCACGACCAAGAAAAGGCAGUGGUACAGUUUUAUCAACGUGUUAAAUAA